UUAGAUCUCUGUAAACGCCUGGAUACUUUCAACACACAUCAUAUACUUGGCCAUUGUCCCUCCUCCCCCCGAUUCCCUCGUGUUUGCCUUGUUUAUGUCUUUUCUGUUGCGUGGCUCUUGUGAAGUGCCACCUGUGAAGCGUCACCUGUGAAGCGUCACCUGUGAAGCGUCACCUGUGAAGUGUCACCUGUGAAGCGUCACCUGUUGCCCGGCUCUGGAGGCACGUCACACCGAAGCCAAAACGCAGCCUCAACAGCUGACCUCUUUGUUGGCGCCAUCUAGUGGACGCACACCGGCUACACGCAGAACAGCGGUUGUUUUUAUGGAUUUCUUUCAGUUCUCCGUCUCACUCCCGCCGUCUGUGCCCGGAUCUUCACGGCGGAAGUGCAGCCGUCAGAGGUGGCGCGCGCGGCAGCAGAAGUUGAUUAGCGUUUGAUUGAGUCCAGUUGAAAACAGCUGACGCGCGUCAGGAGCGGCGCUCCGUGCACGUGGCAGCGAGGAUGACCAGCGAUAUUUCCAAGAAGAAAGGGAAAGGCUCGGCCGACAGGAAAGCCAAGCGGAAAGUCAAGAGGAAGGAGACCUACGCCAUGUACAUCUACAAGGUGCUCAAGCAGGUUCACCCCGACACCGGCAUCUCCAGCAAAGCCAUGAGCAUCAUGAACUCCUUCGUCAACGACCUGUUUGAGAGGAUCGCCACAGAGGCCUCGCGCCUGGCGCAGUACAACAAGCGCUCCACCAUCUCCAGCAGGGAGGUGCAGACCGCCGUCCGGCUGCUGCUCCCGGGAGAGCUGGCCAAGCACGCCGUGUCCGAGGGCACCAAGGCCGUCACCAAGUACACCAGCUCCAAGUGACACCCCGCCUCUUGUCAGUAAAUGCACCGAUACGCAGAGAAAGCUUGUGUCUUUCUGUGACUUUUGGAUGUGGAGGUGUUGUGCAGAGUUUCAACAUGGCCGCCCCUUCAGCGCACGUGUCCUGGACAGUGGCCACGGUGUCUUCAAACAAAACCCACCACCCAUUAACACCUUACUGGGUUGGUCCUUUCAAGUAGACCAACUUUUGCCCCCAAAUGUGACUCGCGUCUGCACAGAAAAACAGUGGCUCUCCAUCUCGUUCACAUUUGCUACGGGUGUAUUUGCCCAACCUGGAUUCAAAACUGAGAUCUUAUCAGGCCUCUCUGAUGAAAUUUUCCUGGAUGAACCUUAAAUCUGAACAUUUGUUUUUUUUAGUUUUGCUGUAAAACAUGAUGCCCAGCACAAGUUACUAUUUGGGGUAAAUAUGUGGUUGAACCAAGAGCCAUUCAGUUCUAGCAUCCAAAUUGACUGCAAGUGACACAUGAUCAACACUCGUAAAAAUAAAAUUUAUUAGCAUCUCUAAUGUGUAUAAAUAAAAACAUAUGAAAGGAUGCAUAUCAUGUCAUGAGCGUAACAAUACAGGGUUACAUGUGAUACAAAGGGCGCUCUGCAGUCUCACCAGUGCCAUGAGGAAAUCUAAAAGACAUUCUUUAAGAAAAGA